GGCAUGCCAGAUAACCGCAAUCUUUCUUUCUGUCAAGUCGCCAUUGCGGUCUGGGAUUGUUUUCCUCAUUCCUGAGAAGAAAAAUCACUUAAAAAUAAUUCACAAUGGAGAACGACGCUGGAGACUUUGUUGAUCUGUACUGCCCAAGGAAAUGCUCUGCGAGCAACCGCAUCAUCCACGCCAAGGAUCACGCUUCCAUCCAGAUCAACCUCGUCGACGUUGACCCCAAGACUGGCCGUAUGCUGGACUCCACCAAGACGUACGCCAUCUGCGGAGCGAUAAGGAGAAUGGGUGAAUCAGACGAUUGCAUCGCUCGGCUGGCUAAGAAGGACGGCAUCCUGUCCAAGACCUACUAGGAUGUGUUGCGUUAGAACCCCAUCGAGGCACUUCUCAAUGCAAUAAAUCCUAAGAGCCAACGCA